AUGGAAAUUGACUCUGGUUCAUCGUGUUCACUUAUUAGUGAUGAUACGUAUCAGCAGUUAUGGCCAAGCAAACCACCAAAACUGAGCAAGAACAACUCUACUCUGCGACAAUGGUCACUGACACCACUCAAAGUAAUAGGUAGCAUGCAAGUGGAUGUUCAAUACAAUGAAGCAAGAAACCACUUGCCCCUAUUGGUGAUCAAGGGUCAUGGAACAAGUCUGCUGGGCCGCGAUUGGUUUGAUGCUCUGGGUAUUUCAGUUAGUGGAGUACACCAGGUACAACAACAAUCUGUGUCAACGAUCUUGGAGAAGUAUAGCAGCGUUUUCAAGGAGGAACUGGGAGCCUGCCCUGGGCCGCCAGUCACAAUUGAAGUGGACCCUACCGUCGCUCCCAAGUUCUUGAAAGCACGCCCUGUUCCCUUUGCACUGCACCCCAAGGUAGAUGAAGCACUAGAACAACUGGUGGAGCAAGGAGUGUUCCAGCCAGUGAAACAUUCCAGGUGGGCCACACCCAUAGUGCCCGUCAUGAAGAAAGACGGUAGCCUACGUCUCUGUGGGGAUUAUCGUUGCACUGUAAACACAGCAGUUAAAUCUGAUACCUAUCCCCUGCCAACACUAGCUGAACUGUUUGCGUCACUUGCUGGAGGAGCAAUUUUUACCAAAUUAGACCUCAAACAAGCGUAUCAGCAGCUAGUUCUUGAUGAGACAUCAGCUGAGCUAUUAACGGUCAACACACAUAAGGGACUUUUUCGCGCACUGCGGUUGCAGUUUGGUGUUUCAACUGCAGUAGCCAUAUUUCAAAGAUUCAUGGACACUCUACUGGCUGGGAUUCCAGGUGUAAAGCCCUAUCUAGAUGACAUACUUGUCUCUGGCAGAACACAAGCAGAACAUGAUGAACGUCUGCAGGAAGUUCUACAGCGAUUUGCCCAUGCUGGGCUGCGCCUGCAGAAGGAGAAAUGCUAUUUUGCAGUAAAACAAGUGGAGUUUCUAGGAUUUUGUGUAGAUCAGCACGGAAUCCACCCAACCAAUGAAAAGGUGAGGGCUAUUCAGGACGCUCCAACACCUAGGAACAAGACGGAACUCCAAGAAUUUCUGGGACUUUUGAAUUUUUAUAAUUGCUUUUUGUGUAACAAGGCUACCAUUCUAGAACCAUUGCAUAGGCUUCUUGACCAGUCAGUUAAAUGGGAAUGGAAAGCUAAACAUGAAGAGGCUUAUGUCAGGGCAAAGCAGUUGCUGCAGGCCGAUGAUAUCUUGGCCCACUAUGAUGAGAAGAAGCCUUUGGUGCUUGUGUGUAAUGCUUCGCCAUAUAGAGUAGGGGCAUUGCUGGCUCAUACGGUCCCUGAGGAGAAGGAAGCUCCAAUUAGCUUCGCAUCCAGAACACUAACCCUCACUGAAAGAAAUUACGCCCAAAUCGACAAGGAGGCACUGGCUGUGGUUUUUGCUGUUAAAAAAUUUCACCAGUACCUGUUUGGCCGUCAUUUCGUGAUCUACACAGAUCAUAAGCCACUUCUUGGACUGUUGCACCACACAAAGCCGAUACCACAAGUUCUGUCACCACGCAUGCUAAGAUGGAGUCUGAUACUGGGAGCUUAUGACUAUGAGUUAUGUUACAGGCCAGGAAAACAGUUGGCCAACGCUGAUGCACUUAGCCGCCUGCCAUUGAACACUGCAGAGUCAGAGGUACCACCUCCACUGGAAGUGUUAUUGUUAGAGAUGGUUCCUGAAGCACCAUUGCAUGCUACACAAAUUGCUACACUAACAGUGAAGGACCCUGUCUUGUCCAGAGUGUUGCAUUGGAUCUUGCAUGGUUGGCCUGAAGAUUGUCAAGAGGAUAACUUUGCACCUUUCAUUCGACGUAGACAUGAAUUGUCAACUCACAAGAACUGUGUCCUGUGGGGGAGUCGUGUGGUAAUUCCUGAGCGAGCAAGGGAGGAGGUUCUUACUAUGCUGCAUGCUGCGCAUCCGGGAAUCGUGCACAUGAAGGCACUAGCAGGAAGCUACGUGUGGUGGCCAGGAUUGGAUGCCCAGGUGGAGGAAGUGGACGAAGUUCACAUGAGAAAUUAUUCUGCUGGUCCGAAGUGGAUCCCUGCAACUAUUGUGGGGGUUACCGGACCUGUGUCCUACAAGGCUCAGACGCCAGAUGGCCAGAUUCAUCGCCGCCAUGUGGACCAGCUGAGAGACCGAACACCUGUCGCCGUUGUUUCAUCACCGCAAACCCAGGCAGUUCCAGAGCCGUCAAGCCAGGAGUCCCAGGCGAUGCAAGAGCCUUUGCCAGUGACUGGUUUAAACCCAGGAUGA